CCUUCACCGACACGGUCCUUGGUGACAUGACAAUACGUCUCCAUGUAUCUCUAUGCUAUGAAGCAUGUGAUAGCACUUGCUGUAAUCGCUCAUAGGUCUUAUCGCAAACAAAAACGAAAGCGAAAAUAGAGUGAUUUGGCUGAAAUUCUGAUGACGUCACAGCUCUAAUACAGUUCCUGGAAAGCCCGUGUGGUCGUCACUUGUAUAUACAAGGGGGUGUUGUGUGUCACUGAUCAGUUCUUGGAACUCUAGAAUGAGAUCUGGCAGAACUUAGAGGUCCCGUCAAAGGCCGAUGAUCACACAACACAUCUGGCUUCUUUACCAUGGACAACGAUGAUGACCACGUCCAUAGACCUGAUUACGGACAAGAUCAAGGUGAUGGGAGAGGACGAGGUCGAAUGAGAGGUCGAGGUCGAUGGGGUCACGGACGAGGCUUUAGAGGUGCCGGAGGAUGGGGAAGAGGUGGUGGACGAAACGAAGACGAACACAAUUUGGAUCAUGGAAGGUUUGGAGGGAGAGGGCGAGGAGAACACAGAGGUAGGGGCGAAGGACACUGGGGAAGAGGUGCUGAUCGCGCAGAGGAAGAAGGAAGAGGUCACAAUGACGGUGAUGGUGCCAGAGGAGGCCGAGGACAAGGGUUCCGAGGAAGAGGUGGAAGAGGGGGAGGUCAUUACCUUGAUUACAGGCAAUUGCAAGAACUGCGGUCAAAGGAUCCAUCUACAAUUGUUAUGACACUUGGCCAGGAAUCAGGUCUCGGCUCACUCCUCAAACGACACAAUCUUUCAUCUCAUAUGAUGUAUGCGAUUGUAGGUGCCCUUGCACAGGCAUGUUUAUGUAAAUCUGCUCAGACUAACCUUAUUGAACUCUUGCUCACUGUUCAGCGGUCAAAAUUUUACGACCAUGUCCCUGAUGUUUUGAACGACAUCAGAAACAGACCAAAUGAAAAUCCCAGAGAAAAGAGGCAGUUCAUCAAAGACUUGAUAUCAGUUAUGAAGGAACUGGCUACCAGACUGCCACAUUCAUACAUUCAUGUUCUUGGAGUGAAGAGCUUCCUGGAAAUGAUCCUGCCUGAACUUGAACUAAAGUCUGAUAUCGUAGAUGAAGAGAUGCUUCAACACCUGAAGCAGCUGCAGGAUAUGCAAACGCCAACUGUUGACAGGACGACAAAAGAAGAAGGUGGGGAUGAGAAAAAGGAGUAUACUGAUGGGACACCACCUAGUGAUUUCAGAGAUAUGUCCAUAUUUCCAAAUGUCGAGGACAUUCACCCUGAGGAGAAACCUUUUCUUCGCAAGAACAUAGAUGUUGGUAGAUACAAUGACCUUCAUCAUUACUUGGACGUCCAGUUCCGUUUGUUGAGGGAAGAUUUUGUCUACCCUUUGAGGAACGGCAUUGCAGAGUAUCAAGCUGCCAAUGUUCCAGGAGAGAAAGGUCAGAGACUGAAAGACAUACGGGUCUAUCAUGAUGUCCAGAUCGUGCGGACAGUGUGCUCAGAUGGUGGACUUCUCCACAGAAUCAUGUUUGACAUGAGCAAGCUUCGCAAAAUCAGAUGGGAAAAUUCUAAGCGACUGAUAUAUGGAUCGUUGGUCUGCUUGUCACAUGACAAUUUUGAAACCCUUCUCUUUGCUACUGUUUCUGAUAGAGAUCCAAAGAAACUUCAGGAUGGUAUACUUGAUGUAUUACUUGAAAAUGAUGAAGAUCUUGAUGACAUCCUUUCCCUGGAUACCCGUUUUGUAAUGGUAGAGACAUCAGCUUACUUUGAGGCCUACAGACAUGUCUUGAGAGGUCUGCAGAUGCUCCGUGAUGGUGAUCUUCCAUUUGAAGAGUACAUUGUCGAAUGUGAGAGUGAGGUGAAGUCACCUCAAUACCUCCGGGGUUUAAGGACUGUCAAAUAUGACCUGCGCCCACUUGUGGAUGAAAAAACUGUUCUAAGGGAAGACACUGCUUUGAGACUGCAGAAAAGGGAGGUGAGCUACGACUUUAGUCGCGAAUCACAGAUUGCCAACAACAUUGAAAUACUGAAUCAUUUGGAUUGGCCGUCUGCCAUCCAACUGCAUCUUGAUCCGUCACAGUACAAAGCCUUAAAAACAGCCCUCACCAAAGAGUUCGUCAUUAUGCAAGGACCACCUGGUACAGGGAAAACGUAUGUUGGUUUAAAGAUUGUGAAGGCCCUGUUACACAACACAAAGACCUGGAAUGCAAACAACAGAUCACCAAUGCUCAUCGUUUGCUACACAAACCAUGCACUAGACCAGUUUCUUGAAGGAAUAAUAUCCUUCUACAGAGGAAGUAUCAUCAGAGUAGGAGGAAGGAUCAAAAGUGAGCAACUGGAGGAUUACUCACUCAAAGCACAGAGACAAAGGGCACGAAAAUUGCACGGUUCCAGAGAUAUGAGAAAUACUGGACGGAUGAGAUGGGAAAUUCGUAACAGUAUGAUGACCCUGAAGCUUGAGAUUGAAAAGAUUGGUCAGCAAAUAGAAGCAGCCGAGAGGGAGAUAUUACAUGAAGAUGUGUUGCGACCAUUCAUGGGUGAAAGCUAUGAUGAUAUGGUGAUGGCGAUGAAUAUGAUGCUAAUGCAGAUGCAGGAAGCAAAUGGCCAUGUGCCACCACCAACCCCUGUCAUGGUAGAGUGGUUGGGCAUUGGUGCGUUUGGCGAAAUGGUGAACCCAGCUGAGCAACCGCAACCAGGGGAAGACAUUGAAAAUGAGGACGAGGAUGGUGGACUGAUAGAUGUUCAGGAAGAAGCAGAUCUCUUGCAAGAGCAGAGACAGAUGCAUGACAUGGACGAUGGUGACAUGGAGGAAAGUGAACUUGACAAGCUUCAGAGAAUGAUUGAGCAUCUUCAGUAUGAACGAGGUGGAUAUGUUGCCUUUGAUGUGACAAAUUUGGACAGGAACCCGAAGGAACAAGAAGAUGCAAUGCAGUUCCAGUUACAGCCUGAAGCCCGAAGACGUCUUAAAAGACGUAUUUUGAAAAGAUUGAGAUCCACACAAAGGAUGACAUCAGCAGAGGCUAAUCGUGUCCGGGAUCCUUGGGCACUCCAAAUGAAUGAUAGAUGGAAAUUGUACAGAUUCUGGGUACACUGUCUCUGUGAAAGACUGCAACGUGACAUAUCAACAAAGGAGGCUAGAUACAAAGCAGUGGUAACUCAGUACAAAGAGUCACAGAUGAUUGAAGACAAACAGAUCAUGGAGACUGCAACAGUGAUAGGGAUGACAACAACAGGGGCAGCCCGCUAUCAACAGGUGCUGUCGGAGAUUGGCCCCAAAGUCAUAGUUGUUGAAGAAGCUGCAGAAGUUCUUGAGGGACACAUCAUCACAACUCUGAGCAAGAAAUGUGAACAUCUGAUACUUAUCGGAGAUCAUAAGCAGCUGAAGCCAAACCCUACUGUAUACAAACUUGCAAAGCAAUUCAAGUUAGAUCUGUCUUUAUUUGAGAGAAUGAUCAACAAUGGCAUGCACUGUGACACGCUGGCUCUUCAGCAUAGAAUGCGCCCUGAAAUUGCCAGGUUAAUGAAGCCAAUCUACCCCAAGCUUGAAAAUCAUUCCUCUGUCCUCAAUUAUGAGAAGAUCAAGGGGAUAUCUGACAACAUGUUCUUCAUCAACCAUGGAUAUCAAGAAGAACAUGACAUUGAACGUGUCAGUCACGCCAAUGAGUUUGAAGCUAGAUAUGUCGUAGCACUGUGUGAAUAUCUGAUGAAACAGGGAUAUGAAAGAUCACAAAUCACAAUUCUCACAACCUACUCAGGACAGCUACUGAAACUGAAGAAGAUGAUGCCAAAGCAGAUUUUCCAGGGAGUCAGAUUGACAGUGGUGGACAACUACCAAGGAGAGGAGAAUGACAUAAUCCUUCUGUCACUCGUGCGAAGCAAUGCUGAAGGAAGCGUUGGAUUCCUGAAAAUUGAAAACCGUGUCUGUGUGGCACUUUCACGGGCUAAGAAAGGAUUAUAUGUCAUCGGGAACUUUGAUCUCCUUGCCCAAGAAAGUCAGCUGUGGAGGGAAAUAAAGAAAGAUUUGCAGAUUAACAACCAGAUAGGAACAACCUUGAACCUAUAUUGUCAGAAUCACCCGCGGGACACGGGCAUUGCUGCAAAGAAACCGGAAGACUUCGGGAAAGCUCCUGAAGGUGGUUGCAUGAAGCAGUGCACCUUCAGACUGGAAUGUGGACAUGUCUGUUCUCGACUUUGCCAUCCUUAUGACCCCAACCACGAAGAAUACAAAUGCAAUAAACCCUGUCCAAAAUCUAUAUGCCAGAACAAUCACCCAUGUCCACGAUUGUGCUAUCAGCAGUGUGAGAAAUGCGAAGUGCCAGUCGAAAAGGUGAUACCUCGUUGUGGACACAAACAGCUUGUCCCCUGUUGCAUGAAUCCCAGGAAAUACGAAUGUCAAGCUAAAUGUGAUAAGGUCUUGAAGUGUGGACACCCAUGUGGAAACCCAUGUGGAAUUGAGCAUCAGUGCAAACAGAUGGUGAAGAAGACGUGGAGAUGUGGACACACAAGUGAUGUUGAAUGCAUGAGGAAAGACUCGGCUGUCUGCAAGGCAAAAUGUUCAACAAUGCUGGAAUGUGGACAUACGUGUGCUGGCAACUGUCACGACUGUCAUGAAGGAAGGCUGCACGUAUCAUGCCGUAAGAACUGCAAGAGGAUCCUUGUCUGUGGACACGAAUGUAAGGACAUGUGCAGCAACUGUCCCCCAUGCAGAAAUGUUUGUGAGAACCGAUGUCCGCACAGCAAAUGUUACAAAAUAUGCGGCGAGAUUUGUGUACCAUGUAAUGAGCCCUGUGAGUGGAAAUGUCUGCACCAUGCAUGCACCAAGAAAUGCAGAGAGCCAUGUAAUAGACCUCCGUGUGACGAACCCUGCCUGAACGUCCUUCGCUGUGGUCACCAAUGCAUCGGACUAUGUGGUGAGCCUUGUCCACGUCUGUGCAGAGUGUGCAAUCACGAUGAAGUCACAUCAAUCUUGUUUGGCACAGAGGAUGAGCCAGAUGCAAGAUUUGUUGAGCUUGAGGACUGUGGUCAUAUUGUGGAAGUAUCUGCCAUGGACAGGCUCAUGCAAAUGGAUCCUGAAAAUGAUGCUAUUCAGUUGAAAACAUGCCCUCACUGCAAGACGCAGAUUCGACGGAACACCAGAUAUGGAUCUCUGAUCAAGAAAAUGCUGAAGGAUAUAGACACAGUGAAAAAACGUUAUAUUGGAGAUGACAGAAUACGUGUUCUGAAAGCUAAACUUGAAGCUGAAGCCAACAGGGAAGUUGACCCACAAGAACGGAAUGAAAAACUGGAUAUGCUGAAAAAGGGUUAUGUCAACACUGAAGUUGGUCUUAAUGCUAUUGAGAAUCAAUUUCGUUUCUUGAAACGUGCGUCCAAAUUAUUUGAUUCCUAUGAAAAGCUUGCAGAGGACUGCAAAGAAGCCGUUCUACGUCCCGUUCUCAGGGAUGCCAUUUCCAGCAUGAAGGAGCUGGAGCAAUUCCGAAAAUGGCUCAUGGGGACACGAUCAUCCCUCAGUGAUCAGGAUGUCUCAGAUGCCCAGGAUGAAGUUGACAGGAAUAAGGCUAUCAUCAGGCUCUUAAAGGUAGAGAGAAUUAUAGCCAUCAGAAACCCUGAAGCCAGAGGCUUUGAAAAAGAACUCCAAGCUCUACAGGGGACUUUGAAAUAUGGCAAAAGGUUUACCAAACAACGGCAAGAAAGAGUGAAGAAUAUCUUCGAAAUUCUAAAGAAGCAUGUUCCAGAAUCUGGUCUUGGUAUAUCUGAAGAAGAAAGGGUGGAAAUAGUGAAAGCAAUGGCACUCACAAAGGGACAUUGGUUUAAAUGUCCUAAUGGGCAUGUCUAUGCAAUCGGAGAAUGUGGUGGAGCAACCAUGGUGUCGAAGUGUCCAGAAUGUAACGCUACAAUCGGUGGUACCGGGCACAGACUGAGAGGCGACAACGCCCUUGCACCAGAGAUGGACGGAGCUGCGUUUGCAGCAUGGUCAGAGCAGGCCAAUCUUGGGAACUAUAACCUGGAUAUGCUGUGACCAUCUGUGUCGGUCUUUGGACUGGAAACCACAUCAUGUACUGUUGAUAUAGGAAGUGGGAUAUCCAUAGCGAUCGACAUAUCCAUCCAUACUUCAACCCAGCUGACGAAAGUAAAGGGUUAAGGAUAAGGCAACAUGCUAAUGCUUCUUUGAAUUUACAAGUACAAUAUUGUCUUUCUCCGCUGUGGUGUAGACAACCUCACAGUAUCGUAAUUGUAUUGAGUGAUUCUGUGAAACAGAAAUUGUAAAUUAUUUUCCCUAAAUAUGGACCUUUUAUGUUGAAAACAUAAACCAAAGUGUGUAAUUGAAGACUGUGUGUGCUAGAUAUCAGCAAAAUAUAAAACAGCGUAUUUUGCAAACUUUGAUUGGUGAAAAAAAAUGAAUAUAACCUGUUAAUUGAAUGCAUAAAAUGAUGUCAUUUGUAAACAGCUAAGAUAUCAUAAGAUUUGUAGUUCCUACAUUGCAAAGUCUAAUAACUCACUGUUUAACACAGAAUGGCGAUAUACACAAAUUUCAUAUUUUUGAGUGAAUUGCAAUUACCGGGACAUCCUAGUUUUUACUUAAAGUGGAUUACAGCUGACUACUCGUGAAUGACUUGCAAAUUAAGAUUGAUGGGGUUCACAUUGUCUGCAAUACUAAAUCACGAAGUUAUCUGUUAGUAUAGAACCUCGUAUGACUAGAUAUAUGUUGCUGGUUGCCUUCACAUGGCAAUGUAUCUUGGAUUAACAUUACUUUAAUAUAGUGUUAUAUAUCCGUCAUGGACAAACACCAGGAUUAUGAGUAAUGUUUUUGAACAUGUAAAGAAAGUUUUAUCCAUGGCUUUUUUUGUGGAAGCGGUGGAAGACUGUGGGGGAUGGGGGUUUAUUUUGAAUAUUGAUACGCGUUAAGUAUACUAAAAUGUGUGUGUGUGUGUGUGAGUGAGAGAGAGAGAGAGAGAGUGUGUGUGUGUGUGUGAAUUUGAAGUUUUGUCGCAGAAAUCUUUUUUAGAGUGGACACCUCUGUUAUUCGUUAAAAUGAUUGAUCAGCUUUAUUUGUGCCUUCACAAUAAAUACUUACUAUUCACUUAC